UUUUUUCAUUGAGAAAAAAAUUUAAUGAUAUCAUACUGCGGAUUUCGUGCUCAACAAAUUCAUAUGUUCCUGAUAAUGUUGUGUUUUUAUUUUUAUAUUAUUUGCAAAAAUAUGGUGAAUAUUAUUUCUCCGAAUCUAUCAUUUAUUAUUACGAAUUUGGUUUAUCAAUAUUAUAGUUAAUGCAUAGGCUUUGUUGUUGAUUUUGACUUUUUUAAUCGUGUAACAAAAGAAAGUUAUCAUAUAUUCUUCACGGACGUGAUAUCGUUGAUGUAUCAAUUUAAAUUUUAAUUUUAUUUAUUAUUUUUUACUUUUUUUUUUAGAAAAUAUUCUCAUUGAAAUAUUUCAAUAAAUGU